GACCGGGCGGUGCGGACGGUGCACUCGGUCUGCGCCGCCGCGGACCUGGCUCAGGUGUAGCGGGAGCGCAAGGCCGCGGCCCGGCGGGGUUGGAGGCCGGUCUGCUUGCAGCCAGCAGCUGGGAGCCUCGCGGCUUGCUCAUGCUAACCUUGAACUUUGAGCAAUCCUGCCUUAGGCUACUGAGUACUAGGAUUACAGACUAAGAAAAAAAUGGCCCUAUUAGCCCAACAGAUACCCAGAUGGUUCAACUCAAUUAAACUGAGUAGCUUCAUUAAACCUGCACAAAUCACAAAACACUCUGCAAGACCAGCAAAAACAUUGUCAAGUGGCUUCUCAUCUCAGGUUCUGUUGUCCUCUGACAAUUGCUUACUCCAGUGUGGAAUUAAGACUUAUAGAACUUCCUUAUCUUGGAAUAGUUUCCAUUCUGCCAAAUCCAAUGGACAAGAGAGCAGUUCUGUGCAAAGCACUCUGCUUCCUUCAGUGAGUGAAAAGCCAGACAGGAUACCCAGUUUUGACUCUGAGCUGCCUCUUGAAGAACUGGAUGACUUACCUCCAUUGUCUCCAAUACAACCAAUUUCAGAGGAGGAAGCUAUUCAGAUUGUUGCACACCCUCUGUUGCCCCUAUCCUCCUUCACACUUGGAGACUACGUAGAUCAUUCCAAGACUCUGCAGCAGCUAGUGCAGCUUGGAGUGGAUUUGUCUAAGAUAGAAAGACAUCCAGAUGUAGCCAACCUCCUUCUAAGACUGGAUUUUGAAAAGGACAUUAAGCAAAUACUCCUAUUUCUUAAAGAUUUGGGUUUAGAAGAUAACCACCUGGGACCAUUCCUGACAAAAAAUUAUACUAUUUUCUCUGAAGACCUUGAAAAUCUUAAGACAAGAGUAGCUUAUCUACAGUCAAAACAUUUCAGUAAUGCAGAUAUCGCACGGAUGGUCAGACAGGCACCAUUUCUCUUGAGCUUCUCGGUGGAAAGACUGGAUAACAGACUGGGAUUUUUUCAGAAAGAACUUGAACUGAGUACGAAGAAGACUAGAGAUCUGGUUGUUCGUCUUCCAAGGCUACUGACGGGAAGUCUGGAGCCUGUGAAAGAAAAUAUGAAGGUUUAUCGCCUUGAACUUGGUUUUAAACAUAAUGAAAUUCAACAUAUGGUCACCAGAAUCCCAAAGAUGCUAACUGCAAACAAAAGGAAACUUACGGAGACUUUUGAUUAUGUACACAAUGUGAUGAAUAUUCCCCACCACAUCAUUGUCAAGUUCCCACAGGUAUUUAAUACAAGAAUAUUUAAAAUUAAAGAAAGACACUUGUUUCUUACCUACUUGGGAAAAGUGCAGUAUGAUCCAGCAAAACCUAACUAUGUCUCUUUGGACAAGUUCGUAUCUGUUCCUGAUGAAGUAUUCUGCAAAGAGAUUGCCAAAGCUUCAGUAAAAGAUUUUGAAAAAUUCUUAAAAACGCUUUAGUUUUUGAUGAAAGUGUAAAUAUAUUCUUGUAAAAUAAAUGUAUACAUGAAUAAAUCAGUGUAUUUUAAAAAA